ACAAGGUUACAGAAAAAAAAAAAAAAACAGACGUCACAUCCGGAUCUCGAUGCUAGCUGACAGCCGCGGACAAAUACGUGUGAAGCCAAGUCAUUUGUAUGGUUUCACCGUCGCUGUUGGCUUAAAAUGCUUUCUUUGUCAACGGCUGUUCAGCCACAGGUGACUGUUCCCCUGAGUCACCUCCUCAACGUUCUCAACUCUCUGGAAAGCUCAGUUGGAUCCAGCAGCACCAUCACCAAAUCAACAAUAUUAAAUGAACAGGCCUGUCAGUCAGAUCUACAUUACUCUGAGCCCCUGUGGAACCUACGAGACCUUGGUCUGUCUAACCUGGGAACACAGCAGUUGAAUGAGUUGGCGAUUAGGCUGUUACCACACUCAAAUUUACAGGAAGCACAAGCCCCUGUAGUGGGUAAUCGUACAAACUGGCGAACAUCCCACCUUUCCACCCACUCUUUUUUUGUCAACAAGCAUGGGUUUUCUCGUCUUCGAAUGCCAACUCCGGUUUAUUCCAGGCAGAGACCCUCUCCUCUUCAGUUAGUCUGCGCAGAACUGCAACACAGUUCAGUGUGGAUCCAGCACAGAGGCUUUAAAACAUUAAGGAGCAAAACCAAAAGACUGCAGUCAGCUAUUGAACGCCCUGUGGAAUCUGAAGGGUUCCCUCCAUCUUUCAUGAAGGGCUUCCUGACACGAGACAAGAGGAUCGAUGUGGAAAGUCUUGAAAGUCUAACAAAGAGCGGGAACAUACCCGAUGGACAGCAGGAUGCUUUUAAAAGAGGCUUCGCUGAGGGGUUUCUGAAAGCCCAAACGCUGACGCAACGCACACAAGACUCCCUCAGAAGGAAUCGGCUCAUCUUGUUGGUGUUGCUUCUUGUUGGGCUCUAUGGCAUCUCAAAGAUUCCCUUCAUAUCAGUGCGGUUCCGAACCACAACAGGCCUGGACUCCUCAGUGGAUCCUGUCCAACUGAAAAAUGUAACAUUUGAGCACGUCAAAGGCGUGGAGGAAGCAAAAAAUGAGCUGCAGGAAGUGGUAGAGUUUCUGAAGAACCCCCAGAAGUUCACAACCCUGGGGGGGAAAUUGCCUAAAGGUGUUCUCCUGAUUGGCCCACCAGGGACCGGAAAGACUUUACUGGCCAGAGCGGUUGCUGGAGAAGCAGAUGUUCCGUUCUACUAUGCCUCUGGCUCAGAGUUUGAUGAAAUGUUUGUUGGAGUUGGGGCCAGCCGCAUCAGGAAUCUUUUCCGGGAAGCUAAAGCUAACGCUCCAUGCGUUAUCUUUAUUGACGAAUUGGACAGCGUGGGUGGAAAAAGGAUUGAGUCUCCCAUGCAUCCUUAUUCCAGACAGACCAUCAAUCAACUGCUUGCUGAGAUGGAUGGGUUCAAACCAAAUGAAGGUGUUAUCAUUAUCGGAGCCACCAACUUCCCAGAGGCUUUAGAUAACGCCCUCAUCCGCCCGGGGCGAUUUGACAUGCAGGUGACUGUCCCCAAACCAGAUGUGAAAGGACGAACAGAGAUUCUCAAUUGGUACCUCAGAAAGAUUAAAGUGGAUCCAGCCAUUGAGGCAAAGAUUAUUGCAAGGGGGACUGUGGGAUUCUCUGGCGCUGACUUGGAAAAUCUGGUAAACCAGGCUGCACUGAAGGCUGCAGUAGAUGGUAAAGACAUGGUCACCUUGAAGGAGCUGGAGUUUGCCAAGGACAAAAUCCUCAUGGGCCCUGAAAGGAGGAGUGCGGAAAUUGACAAGAAGAACAAGAUCAUCACCGCAUACCAUGAAUCUGGCCAUGCUAUUGUAGCUUAUUACACCAAAGACGCCAUGCCCAUUAACAAAGCCACUAUCAUGCCAAGGGGACCCAGUCUUGGACACGUGUCAAUGCUGCCAGAGAAUGAUCGCUGGAAUGAGACACGCUCUCAGUUGCUGGCUCAGAUGGAUGUCAGCAUGGGAGGUCGAGUCGCUGAGGAGAUCAUAUUUGGUCAUGAGUACAUAACAACAGGAGCAUCAAGUGACUUUGAUAGCGCGACCAAGAUUGCUAAGAUGAUGGUGACAAGAUUUGGCAUGUGUGAAAAGUUAGGUGUGAUGACCUAUAAGAGCAUGACAGAGCAAAGUCCAGAGACUCAAGCAGCUGUGGAGCAUGAAAUCAGAGUUUUGCUGAGGGAGUCUUACGAGCGAGCCAAAGCCCUCCUGAAAUCUCACGCCAAAGAGCACAAGAACCUUGCUGAUGCGCUGCUCCUGUACGAGACAUUGGAUGCCAAAGAGAUCCAACUGGUCUUGGAGGGAAAGACCCUGAACACCAGAUGAAAUCAGCCAGUGAAACACAACAAAUGCAGGGGGGUCUGGUUUGGGAUUUUCUAAGGACUCCGGGGCUUGUGGGAAAGAGCUGUAAAUCUAUAUGCGUUAGAAAAUGGUAGUGCUAAAUUUACUUAACCCCAAGUGUUGUAAAGGUAAACAUGUGCAUUAACAUAAUGAAUAUCAGUCAUCAUGGUGGCAGAAUAAUCAAUAAAUAUUGUGUAUUUAUUUAGAUUGUAAAUGUCGCUCGCUCAGGCCACUCAGUAAAUGAAUGUAAAUAUUUAUCAUAAUCAUAAAAAAAAGAUGCUGGUUUGUAAAUUAUGGGUUGGGAAUUAUUCAGAUUCAGAUGCAUGUGAGUUAAGCAUUUGGAGCUAAUCCGUCUAAUUCUUCACUUGGACUGUAUGUCUGUUACCAAUUUGGGUUUGUCCUCUAUUGCUUUUACUUGAGUGCAAAACGCAAGCAAACGUGAGUUUGCUAUCUUUCAUGUGUAGUGUUCUAUGCAUUUGACUAAAUAAAAUCUCAGUUUUGA